AUGGAUGCCACAGGGAACAUAUUCACCAAGAUAAAGAGGGUGAAAGAGAAGUAUACAUGGAGUCUUCAAUUAUUGGAUCAACUUUUGGAAAAUUACUUGAAUGAAGAGAUCAUGAAACAUGCAAUUGACCUUGAAUCGGGUUCAGAUCAUGAUCCAUUUGAGAUGCUUGCUGCAUUUGGUGGUCGUGGUCGUAGUGGCGGUGAUCGCAGAGACAAGGUUGAGGACAUUAUAAAUAGAGCCCGGUUGGCAGCAGCAGAGACAGGCGUGAUCGAGGUAGUGCAUAAGAUUCUGCGAAGCUUCCCAGAAAUCAUCCCUGAAGAUACUGUAGGACCAACGAACAAGAAUAUACUGAUGGUGGCUGUGGAGAAUCAACAGGCAGAGAUAUUUGUGGCACUUCGACAACACUUGAAAAAAGUACCAGGGAAGCCUAACCUGUGGGACGACCUGGUUCAUGCGGUGGACGAUGAAAACAACACUAUACUGCACAUAGCAGCAAAGUACGAUGAAUCCUUGUCUCAUGGUUGGCAAGCUUAUGGUUAUGCCAUGCAGAUGCAAUGUGAAAUCACGUGGUACGAGUAUGUGAAAUCAUUUGUGCCCUCCCACUAUCUUUUCCUUAAGAACGAAAAAGGCAAAAGCCCGGAACAAAUAUUCGCUACAGGCCACACAGGUCUGGUGGAAAAGGGCAACAAAUGGCUUAAGGGCACAUCUCAGUCUUGCUCGGUGGUGGCAGCGCUGGUGGCCGGAGUUUCGUUCGCGACGUCGACGUCCAUCCCUGGAAGCAUUGACACCAAGGGCAAACCAACAUUAGAAGGACAUCCCGCGUUUCAACUUUUCGCCAUCAGCGGAGUCAUAGGACUCGGAUUUUCCGUCACCGCGCUCAUCAUGUUCCUCUCCAUACUUACAUCUCGAACACAACCCAUAGAUUUCAAAAGGAAUCUGCCACUGAAGCUUCUUCUGGGGUUAAGCUCAUUGUUUGUGUCCAUUGCUUCCAUGUUCAUAGCUUUCUGUGCUUCACAUUUCUUCGUGCUUGAGGACAAGUUCAAGAAAGGAAUCUUCUUCCCUCUUUAUGCCGUCACUUGUCUUCCUAUUUCAUUCUAUGCCAUCGCACAGUUUCCUCUUUACAUGAAUCUUAUGAAAGCCAUUGUUAAGGACGUUCCCCAAUCCCAAAAAUCUGUCCAGUUGUGA